AUGGCUACAGAGCAAAAACAUUCUCGUUCCUUUGACCUGAAAGAGGAACUAGAUUCCUCUCCUUGUUCUUGUGCCCACAGCGUUUCUGGUGGGGAGCUCUUUGAUCGGUUCCUGGCACGGGGUGUCUCCAAGGAGAAGGAUGCCAAUCUGGUGAUCCAGCAGGUCCUGCCAGUAGUGAAAUACCUCCAUGAGAACAGCAUUGUCCACCGAGACUUAAAGCCCGAAAACUUGCUGUACUUCACCUCUGAAGAGAAUUUCAAGAUCAUGAUCACAGACUUUGGUCUGUCCAAGAUGGAACAGAGUGGCAUCAUGUCCACUGCCUGUGGGACCCCAGGCUAUGUGACUCCAGAAGUGCUGGCCCAGAAACCGUACAGCAAGGCUGUGGACUGCUGGUCCAUUGGCGUCAUCACCUACUUAUUGCUGUGUGGGUAUCCCCCUUUCUAUGAAGAAACUGAGUCUAAGCUUUUCGAGAAAAUCAAGGAGGGCUACUAUGAGUUUGAGUCUCCAUUCUGGGAUGACAUUUCUGAGUCAGCCAAGGACUUUAUUUGCCACUUGCUGGAGAAGGACCCGAAUGAGAGGUACACGUGUGAGAAGCUCUUGAAUCACUGUUGUCUCUCUAUUUUUCCUGAGACCAGCAGAUCCCUCUGCCACAGAGAGCUGACCCAGCUGCAGCACCCGAGGCUCACACAGGCUGAAGAAGACACACCUUCUCCUCCAUUGCUCCUGCUGAGUUCUCAACCACUGCUCUAUCCUGCCUUCCAUCCACCCUACCGCUCACCAAGCAUCAUCACGUGGCAGGCCCGAAACCUGGCAUACCCAGCAGUGGGCACAUCCUUCUCCAUUCCACAGCUGAGCAAGCUGCAGCUCAGUGAAAUUAGGCAGCUAGCAAAGGCCACAUACUCCUAA